UCAGGUUUCUUUUUCUCACAUCACUUUGCUUUGCUUUGUGGCGCUCUCUCAGUGUCUCUCAGGUAGAGAAAAGCAGAGAAGCAGGAGCGAAAAUACCCAGAAAAAGAAGAGGAGAGAAGAGAAGAGAAAAUAAAAGAAAAGAAGAAGAAAAAAGCAACAUAUAAGAGGGGGGUCAAAAAAAGAGAGCAGAAUAGGAGGAGUUGAUAGACCGUGGAAUCUAAAAGAAUCACACACCAAAGUUUGUGGUUUAGGGUUAUUGUUGUUGUUGUUGUUGUUUCUGUUUCUGUUUCUGUUCUUCUUCUUGGUUUUUUCUCUUUUAACCCUUAAACCCCUUUUGCGUGUUUCGUACGGUCUAUCCACCUCCUUCUCUCUGCUAAUCUCUCUUUAUCUCUCUCUCUUUCUCUCUCUCUCUCUCUCUCUCUCUCUCACAGACAGCAUCUUUAUAAGCCUGCCUUUCUAUCUAUCUCCAUAACAAAGCAGAUUUCAUUCAGUUCUGUUCACUUUGUUUUUUUCCAGUAUUCCUUUGAGAGAUUUUGGAUUUUGGUUUUUGUGUUUGAAAUUAUAUCUAUAAGAAAGUUUCCAGUUUUCUAUAUAUUUAUUAUAUUUUUUUUGUGUUGUGCUUGGUACUUGGCAUCUAUAUUUAUAUAUUUAUAAGAAUAGUAGAGGUAGAGAGUGAUGGAGAAUGAAGGUAAGGGAUUAGGGGGUGAGGAUGUGAGGGCACCGUCUUACUGGCUGGAUGCCUAUGAGGACAUACCUUGUGAUUUCGCCGAUUUCGACGCUGAUACUUCUAUUGUUCCUGAUUCCGCCGUGGAUAAUAUUUCCCACAAUGAUUUCUUUGGUGGAAUUGAACACAUCCUUGAUAGUAUCAAGAAUGGUAGUGGCCUCCCUCUCCCUCAGGUCUCUGGUACUAAUACUAAUGCUAAUGGUAAUUCCACUCUCAUUGGGAAUGGAAUUCUGGAUUGUCCUAUUGGGGAUGGCUGGUUCCAGAAUGAGAAUGGGAUAUCUGGGGUGUCCGUGUCCAAGGUUCAAGCUGAGGGGGAGGAGAAGGGCUCAAUUGUGCAAUCCAAAGAAGUGGUGGAGAAUGGGAAUGGAGAUUGUAAGCAUUACGAAGCUGAUAAUGGGAAUGGAGAGCAGGGAUUGGUCCAUUCCCUCAGGGAAGAUGGAGUGCAAAAGGUUGAGAAUAGAGGUGGUGAGUGGUCGAGGGAGCGGGGGAGUAUUGAUAGUGAGGAGAGAUGUAGCAAAAGGGCUAAGCUUGGUAACUAUAAGAAUGACAGGCCUUAUUCGAGUAGAGGGCAGUGGCAGCAUCACAACAAGGAUAGGGAGAGAGGUUCUAGUAGGAAGAGGUCGCAGCGUGAUUGGGAUGACGGUGAUAGGAGGGAUAGGGAUAAUGGUAGGAGGAGAGAACAUUAUAAUAGUAAUAGGAGAGAUGGUAGAGAUAGGGAUUGGAGGGAUAGGGAGGCAAAGGGUUUUUGGGAGAGGGAUAGGACAGGGUCGAAUGAGUUAGUUUUUCGCAUAGGUACUUGGGAAGCUGAGCGUAACAAAGAGGGGAAGGUGGCUAAUGACAAAAACCAGGAAUGUAAUGGAAAGGAUGAGGUGAAACCUGAGGAGCCUAAGGAGAAAAUCCCUGAAGAACAUGCUCGACAGUAUCAAUUGGAUGUUCUUGAACAGGCAAAGAACACAAAUACAAUAGCUUUUCUCGAAACAGGGGCUGGGAAGACACUCAUUGCUGUUCUCCUUCUCAAAAGUAUCUGCAACGACUUACAAAGGCAGAAUAAGAAAAUGCUUGCUGUGUUUUUAGUUCCUAAAGUGCCACUAGUUUAUCAGCAAGCUGAAGUUAUUCGUGAGCGAACUGGUUUUCAAGUGGGCCAUUAUUGUGGUGAAAUGGGUCAAGAUUUCUGGGAUGCUCGAAGAUGGCAGCGUGAGUUUGAAACAAAACAGGUUUUGGUGAUGACAGCUCAAAUUCUGUUGAACAUUCUGAGACACAGUAUAAUAAAAAUGGAAGCAAUUAAUCUCCUUAUUCUGGAUGAGUGUCAUCAUGCUGUGAAGAAACAUCCAUAUUCUUUAGUGAUGUCUGAGUUCUAUCAUACAACACAAAAGGAGAAGAGGCCAUCUGUAUUUGGAAUGACUGCUUCUCCUGUUAACUUAAAGGGUGUCUCCAGCCAAGUAGAUUGUGCAAUAAAGAUUCGUAAUCUUGAAAGUAAACUAGAUUCCAUAGUUUGUACCAUUAAAGACCGUAAAGAGCUUGAGAAACAUGUGCCAAUGCCCUCAGAAGUUGUGGUGGAGUAUGACAAAGCAGCUAGCUUAUGGUCCCUACAUGAACAGAUAAAACAAAUGGAAGCUGAAGUUGAAGAAGCUGCAAAAUCGAGUUGUAGACGAAGUAAAUGGCAGUUUAUGGGCGCUAGAGAUGCCGGGGCCAAGGAGGAGUUGCGCCAAGUCUAUGGUGUUUCUGAAAGGACAGAAUGUGAUGGGGCUGCUAAUUUAAUUCAAAAGUUGAGGGCUAUAAACUAUGCACUUGGUGAACUGGGUCAGUGGUGCGCUUAUAAGGUUGCACAAUCUUUUUUGACUGCUUUACAAAAUGAUGAGAGGGCAAACUACCAGCUUGAUGUCAAGUUUCAAGAAUCCUACCUGAACAAAGUUGUAUCCCUCUUACAAUGCCAAUUAUCUGAGGGGCCUGUUUCUGAUAAGGAUACAAAAGCUGAAGACUUAGAAAGUGGUGUGGCUCAGAAUGGGACUGAUGCUGAUGAGAUUGAGGAGGGAGAGCUUCCUGACAGCCAUGUUGUAUCUGGUGGGGAGCAUGUGGAUGUGAUAAUAGGUGCUGCUGUUGCUGAUGGAAAAGUGACGCCAAAAGUGCAGUCACUAAUUAAAAUACUUCUCAAGUACCAGCAGACAGAAGAUUUCCGUGCAAUCAUUUUUGUUGAGCGAGUUGUGUCUGCUUUAGUUCUUCCAAAGGUAUUUGCAGAGCUUCCAUCUCUAAGUUUUAUUAAAUGUGCAAGCUUGAUAGGUCACAACAAUAGUCAUGAAAUGCGGACAUGCCAAAUGCAGGACACAAUUGCCAAAUUCCGGGAUGGUCGUGUGACAUUGUUAGUUGCUACUAGUGUUGCUGAGGAAGGACUUGAUAUUCGACAGUGCAAUGUUGUCAUUCGCUUUGACCUUGCAAAAACUGUCUUGGCAUACAUUCAGUCUAGGGGCCGUGCUAGAAAGCCUGGGUCUGAUUACAUCCUGAUGGUUGAGAGGGGAAAUUUGUCACAUGAAGCAUUCUUAAGGAAUGCUAGGAAUAGUGAGGAGAUUUUGCGGAAAGAAGCGAUAGAGAGAACUGAUCUUAGUCAUAUUAAAGACAUUUCGAGGUUAAUUUCAGUGGAUUCAUCUCCGGGGACAGUUUACCAGGUGGAGUCAACUGGUGCAGUUGUAAGCUUAAAUUCUUCUGUUGGACUCGUUCAUUUCUACUGCUCUCAACUACCCAGUGACAGAUAUUCAAUACUUCGUCCUGAGUUUAUUAUGGAGAAGCAUGAAAAGCCAGGAGGUCCCACUGAAUAUUCAUGCAAGCUUCAACUGCCCUGUAAUGCACCAUUUGAGAAACUUGAGGGUCCUGUAUGCAGUUCAAUGCGCCUAGCACAGCAGGCUGUUUGUUUGGCUGCUUGUAAGAAGCUGCAUGAGAUGGGAGCAUUUACUGACAUGCUCUUGCCAGACAAGGGAAGUGGGGAAGAAAGAGAAAAGGUUGAUCAGAAUGAUGAAGGAGAUCCACUCCCUGGGACAGCUAGGCAUAGAGAGUUCUAUCCUGAAGGCGUGGCUGAUGUUCUUAAGGGAGAAUGGAUUUUAUCUGGAAGAGAUGUUUGUAACGACUCAAAUUUGCUUCAUCUUAAUAUGUAUGCCGUUCAAUGUGAAAACUUUGGCUCUUCAAAAGAUCCGUUCUUGACUCAAGUUUCAGAUUUUGCAGUACUUUUCGGCAAUGGGCUGGAUGCAGAGGUGUUAUCGAUGUCGAUGGAUCUAUUUAUCGCUCGAACCAUGACUACAAAGGCAUCGCUUGUCUUAAAGGGGUCAAUAGAUAUGACUGAAAGUCAGUUGGCAUCCCUUAAGAGUUUUCAUGUGAGAUUGAUGAGCAUUGUACUGGAUGUGGAUGUUGAACCUUCCACUACUCCUUGGGAUCCUGCAAAGGCAUAUUUGUUUGUCCCCGUGGUUAGCGAUAAGUCUGUAGAUCCUAUGAGAGUAAUUGAUUGGGAUCUGAUUGAAAAAAUUAUUAAUACAAAGGCAUGGAAUAAUCCCCUUCAAAGAGCUCGACCAGAUGUUUAUCUUGGUACAAACGAGAGGACACUUGGUGGAGACAGAAGGGAGUAUGGGUUUGGAAAAUUGCGUCAUGGGAUGGCUUUUGGACAGAAAUCCCAUCCCACGUAUGGAAUCAGAGGAGCUGUGGCACAGUUUGAUGUUGUGAAAGCUUCAGGAUUGGUUCCUAGUUGGGAGGAUGUGGAAUUGCCAAAGCAUGCAGAUUUGACCAAAGGUAAAUUGAUGAUGGCUGAUGGUUGUAUGAGUGCAGAAGAUUUAGUUGGGAGAAUUUUAACAGCUGCUCACUCGGGUAAGAGGUUUUAUGUGGACUCAGUACGCUAUGAGAUGACUGCAGAGAAUUCUUUCCCAAGGAAAGAAGGCUAUCUUGGUCCUCUUGAGUACAGCUCGUAUGCUGAUUACUAUAAGCAAAAGUAUGGAGUUGAGCUGAUGUAUAAGCACCAACCCCUAAUUAGAGGACGUGGUGUCUCAUAUUGUAAGAAUCUUCUGUCCCCUCGAUUCGAACACAAGGAAGGACAUGAAGGCGAAACUGAAGAGAAUCUUGACAAAACAUACUAUGUGUUCCUUCCUCCAGAGCUGUGCUUAGUACACCCACUUCCUGGAUCACUUGUUCGUGGUGCCCAGAGAUUGCCCUCUAUAAUGAGGAGGGUUGAAAGCAUGUUACUUGCAGUUCAGCUUAAAGAUAUAAUAAACUAUCCUGUCCCUGCUUCAAAGAUCUUGGAAGCCUUGACUGCUGCUUCAUGCCAGGAGACUUUCUGUUAUGAACGAGCAGAGCUUCUGGGAGAUGCUUACCUGAAAUGGGUUGUUAGUCGAUUUCUUUUUCUUAGAUACCCGCAGAAACAUGAGGGUCAGCUUACUAGGAUGAGACAACAAAAGGUGAGUAACAUGGUUUUGUAUCAGUUUGCAUUGGUCAAAGGGCUUCAAUCAUAUAUCCAAGCAGACCGCUUUGCUCCAUCUCGUUGGGCUGCUCCUGGGGUUCUGCCUGUCUUUGAUGAGGAUACCAAGGAUGGAGAAUCAUCCUUAUUUGAUCAGGAUGGAUCACUUACCGAGACUGAACGUGGGGUGGAUCAGUGCAUUGAUGGAUAUGAAAAUGACGAAAUGGAAGAUGGUGAGCUUGAGGGUGACUCGAGUUCAUAUAGAGUCCUCUCCAGCAAGACACUUGCAGAUGUUGUCGAAGCACUUAUUGGAGUUUAUUAUGUUGAAGGUGGGAAAAUUGCUGCUAAUCACCUCAUGAAAUGGAUUGGCAUUCAAGUGGAGUUUGAUGCCGAUGAGAUGGAGUGCAUGUCAAGGCCAUCAAAUGUUCCCGAGAGCAUACUUAGAAGUAUCAACUUUGAUUCCUUAGAAGGUGCUUUGAACAUUAAGUUUAAUGACAAGGGACUUUUGGUGGAAGCUAUUACUCAUGCUUCACGACCAUCUUCUGGAGUAGCCUGCUAUCAGCGUUUGGAGUUUGUCGGUGAUGCUGUUUUAGAUCAUCUCAUAACAAGGCAUUUGUUCUUCACAUACACAGAUCUUCCCCCGGGGCGCUUGACUGAUCUGCGAGCUGCUGCUGUAAACAAUGAAAAUUUUGCACGUGUUGCAGUCAAACAUAAUCUCCAUGUGCACCUUCGGCAUGGGUCGAGCGCUCUUGAAAAACAGAUUCGGGACUUUGUGAAAGAAGUUCAAGAUGAAUUGUUAAAGCCAGGAUUCAACUCCUUUGGUCUGAGUGACUGUAAAGCUCCAAAAGUUCUUGGUGACAUUGUUGAAUCCAUUGCUGGUGCCAUUUUUCUUGACAGUGGACGUGAGACUUCAGUUGUUUGGAAGGUGUUUCAACCUCUCUUGCAUCCAAUGGUUACCCCAGAGACACUCCCAAUGCAUCCUGUGCGUGAGCUGCAGGAACGAUGCCAGCAACAGGCUGAAGGUCUGGAAUACAAAGCAAGUCGAAGUGGAAAUGUGGCUACGGUUGAAGUCUUUAUUGAUGGUGUCCCGAUAGGAAUUGCUCAGAAUCCACAAAAGAAGAUGGCACAGAAACUAGCUGCAAGAAACGCGCUUGCUGCUUUGAAAGAGAAGGAAACGGCUGAAGCUAAGGAGAACGAUGAUGAAAAUGGGAAGAAAAAGAAGAAUGGGAGCCAAACAUUUACGAGACAAACGUUGAAUGAUAUCUGCUUGCGUAGAAAUUGGCCCAUGCCAUUCUAUAGGUGUGUGAACGAGGGUGGCCCUGCACAUGCAAAGCGGUUUACGUUUGCUGUACGCGUGAAUACUACUGAUAGAGGCUGGACAGAUGAAUGUGUGGGAGAUCCUAUGCCAAGCGUCAAAAAGGCCAAAGAUUCUGCUGCUGUUCUUCUAUUGGAACUCAUAAAUAGAUUGUACUCAUGAUGGCAAUGAGUUACAAGUUACAACCCUAUAAUUUUGCAGUUGAAAUAUCAUGUCUAAGUCUAACCAUUAAUAUUCGACAGGAGGCACUGUUUUUUACAUGAAGUUGCCUCUUCCUUUGUCGAUUUGCUGUAUUUAAAUAUUUUUUUCCAACUUUAUUAAAGAAAAUAGUAAACCUGUAGCGCUUGUCAACAAUUUGGUAAGAAAUGAAGCGAGCAGAUAUUUUUGGCUAGCUGGAGAAAAAAGUGAUUUUGGUUCGUAUUUGUGUGUUAUUGUUAUGUAACGUUUGUUGCACAAGUUUAUAUCAUGUCACUGUGCGACAAGGUUCUUGGCACAUUCAUUUUGCACAAGUUAUUAAUUA